AUGGCAGCUAUCACGCACAAAGCUUUGAAAAGCACCGGCAGAAUUUUCGCAAAUUUGGCUAUUGUAAGGGGGAAAUAUCUGAAACAAACCCCCAGGAGAUUUAGUAGUUUUCCCCAAGAAGCCGUUGCCAUCCAAUACAGGCAGCAUGGAGACCCAGUUAAAGUGCUGUUUUGGUCUGAAGUUCAAUUGAGGAAACCCGAACAAGGAGAGGUGAUGAUCAAAAUGUUAGCCGCUCCAAUAAACCCAAUAGAUAUAUACAUGAUACGCGGUACGUAUCCACUUAAAACAGAAUUACCACACACUGCUGGUAUUGAGGGUGUGGCUGAAGUGAUUGAAGUCGGUGAAGAUGUAUCAGCAUUAAAGAAAGGGGAUUGGGUCAUCCCUGCCAAAGGCGGGCUAGGGACAUGGUGUACUCACAGUGUAUGUGCGGCAGAGGAUCUCACGUCGGUUUCCAGGAAAAUCCCACUUCUUAGUGCAGCUACACUUGCCAUGAGCCCAUGUGUGGCUUACCGCAUGCUUACUGAUUUCGCAGACCUCAAAGAAGGUGAUUACAUCAUUCAAAAUGGUGCUAACAGCUCCGUAGGCCAAGCAGUGAUACAGAUUGCUGCUGCUCGUGGUAUUAGGACGAUUAACAUUGUAAGGCAUAUGCCAGCUGAUGAUCGCAGGAUAAAAUACCUCCAGGAUAUUGGUGGAACUCACGUCCUCACUGAGGAGUUCUUGCGAUCUGGUCAGAUGAAGGAAUUCAUGACCAGCCUUGGAAGGCCAACACCUUCACUCGCUCUGAAUGGUGUGGGAGGGCCCUCAGCUACAGAAAUGUUACGCUACUUGGCACCUGGUUCAAAUGUUGUUACAUACGGGGGUAUGUCCACUCAGCCAGUUAUCAUACCCUCUGGCAAGCUUAUUUUCAAAGAUCUCCACUUUCAUGGAAUCUGGAUGAUGGAUUGGAAUCAGAAGCAUUAUGCAGACUCCAAGCAAAAGCGUCAGAUGUACGAUGAACUUGUUGACUUGUCAGUCCAGAAGAAACUGCGUCCACCUUUCUGUGAGCUUGUUCCAAUUUCAGACUUUUGUGAGGCAGUUGAAAUAGCAGUUGCUCCAUUCAAAUCUGCAAAGCAGAUCUUUGUCAUGGAUCAGGAACUGCUUAAAAAGUUGAAUGAAACUAAGAUGAUGCAGUCUGACAAUGUUAUAAGAGAGGAAGUGGAAAAGGACAUGCUUUAAGAACUGGGCCAGCUUUUGCUUCAUGCAAUACCUAAAUCUCAUCAUGUUUACAAAACAAUGAAAAUUUGAUUUUCAGGGCAAUUUUAAAAUUACAUGUUGUUUGUAAAGACACUAACUGUUGUAAAUUGCAGCAUUGCAAGAUGCAUUUUUAUAAUAUGCAGUGUACUGCAUAAUUGCAUCAAACAAAUUUUACAGUAGUAUAAAAAUAGAUUAAAAUGAGUGCAGCCCUUUCUGUAUUUUAUGUAGUUGGUGUUAAUUUAAAAAUUGUGUGUGAUAUCAGUUUGAAUUAAUUUUUGACUUUUUAUUUACCAAAUGCAAUACAUUAAAAACGUACAAGUGGCAUAAUCUGUAUAUGGGCAAUUCCUUUGUUAUUUUGUGAUGCUUCUGGUUACAUAUUUUGGUAUGCCAGUUAUGCUUUUGAGUAUAUUUGUAUAUUGAAGCUGCAUGGUCAUGAAAUGACCCUAAUUGUAAUCUCAUUUAAGCUUGCUAAAUGUACGUGACUUAUUUAAAAACUAUUUGAGAGCCAUUUCUCCAAUUUGAUCUCUUAUGUAGAUGAUUAGAAAUUGGGUGACUACAUAUUCAGUCUGAAUGCCAGAUAGCCAUGUGCAAGUGAGUGGAAUUUUAUACUCAAUUACUCAGUCUGUUGACAAAGUCACAGAUGGAAAGAAACUUAUCAAGAUGCAAUGUGUUGCAGCACAGUGAUAAUGAAAGUUUAGGGUCAAGAUUUUUUUUAUAGGGAGAGAGAGGAAUGCUUAUAUUGGCAUCAGGUUAGGACUGAGGAAGUUAUUAUUUCAUGUCAGGUUCUGUGUUAAAUCUUUUUGUUACAUUUUGUUGUUUUCAUUUCUGAUUUGUUCAUUGUUAUGAAUCAAUCUCAAAUCAAGAUACCAGUAGGUUUUGUCGUUUUUAGGCCACUUAUUUCAUAGUAAAAGAUAAAGACAGCCAGUUUUCAAGGGGUAGGGUGUGGACUCCCAAACCAAAAGCAUGUUCAGGGGACUGGUGAGUCCUGGUAUUUUUUUUAAAUAUAUAUAUAUGUAAUGACAGGAAGUACAUAUCUUGGUUUCCUUUUCUUAAAUGUGACCAUACAAUAUGUCCUAGGUGCUGAGCUAUUAAAUGCCCUAUUUAGUGUGCAUAUUGGGGGCCUUCUGAUGCAAAAUUGGGACAUGCAAUAGAUACACUCAUACCUUAUUUUUAUGGAUACAUUUUCUUGCUUGGAUAUAACUGGGUAAAAUCAACAUCAAAAUAGUUAUAGUAAACUUCAGAGACUUUUAAAUUUUGGAAACAUCUGAUUUCCUGUAAAUACCAAGAUGUAUGAUAAAGUACAUAAUGUAAUGAAAGACUCCAAAUAUGGAGGAAAAAACUUCAAAAGAAGAGACGUGUAAAACAGCAUUGCAAAUUGCAUGAUAAAGUUACCAUUGGUAAUGUAAUUUAUGUUGAUAUUGCACAAUAAAGUUACAAAAAGUUACAA